AUGGCGGGGACAGUUGAGAUCCCAUCCCCUUCGGGCUUGCCUUUGCUAGGUAACAUUACAUCAAUCGACCCCGAAUUCCCUCUGGGUUCUAUGGUAUCGCUCGCUGAACGGCAUGGUGAGCAUCAUCUUGCGAUUGAAGGGCCACUGCAAUCAACUAACAAUUCAUCGCAAGGCGAGAUUUAUCGACUAAAAUUCCCCGGCCGAUCUGUCGUGAUCGUAUCUACACAAGCCUUGGUCAACGAGACAUGCAAUGAGAAGCGGUUCAAGAAAUGUGUUAAUUCAGCACUCACUGAAAUUCGAGAUGGAGUUCACGACGGGCUUUUUACCGCCAGACUUGGAGAGGAGAACUGGGGCAUUGCUCACAGAGUGCUGAUGCCAGCUUUCGGGCCAUUGUCGAUCCAGCGCAUGUUCGACGAGAUGCACGACAUUGCCUCCCAACUUGCUCUCAAGUGGGCACGAUACGGACCGAACUCGCCCAUCAUGGUAACCGAUGACUUUACUCGUCUUACCUUAGACACCUUGGCGUUAUGCUCUAUGGGCUAUAGAUUCAACAGCUACUAUUCUCCAGUACUCCAUCCAUUCAUUGAGGCAAUGGGUGAGUUUCUCACAGAGGCUGGAGAAAAGCCUCGAAGAUUGCCUUUACCUGGAAUUGUCUACCGCGAUCGCGACCGCAAAUAUCAGCAAGAUAUUGAAAUCAUGAGAGAUACUGCCAGGGAGGUUCUUGAAGCCCGAAAGGCAGAUGGAAGCACGCGGAAGGACCUCUUGGCAGCUAUGCUUGAAGGUGUCGACACAAAAACUGGUAAGAAGAUGACUGACGAGAGUAUCAUGGAUAACUUGAUCACCUUUCUUAUUGCAGGGCACGAAACUACUUCGGGGCUCCUAUCGUUUGCUUUCUACCAACUCCUCACUCAUCCAGAUGCCUACCAGCUUGCUCAGAAUGAGGCGGAUCGGGUGGUCGGGAAAGGACCUAUUCAGGUGGAACAUCUCUCUAAGCUUCCAUAUCUGAAUGGUGUUCUGAGAGAAACCCUUCGUCUCAACGCGACUAUCCCUCUCUUCACUGUCGAAGCCUUUGAAGACACUCUUCUUGGGAACAAGUAUCCCGUCAAGGCUGGCGAAACAAUCAUCAACCUCCUCGCAAAAUCACAACUCGACCCCACGGUGUUCGGCGACGACGCCGACAAGUUCAGGCCAGAACGCAUGUUCGACGAAAACUUUGCCAGAAUGAACAAGGAAUUCCCUAACUCGUGGAAGCCGUUUGGUAAUGGCAUGCGAGCCUGCAUUGGAAGACCAUUUGCUUGGCAGGAAUCUCUGCUGGUCAUGGUUAUGCUUCUGCAGAAUUUCAAUUUUGUUCUUGACCCCAAUUAUCAUCUAGGCUUCAAGCAGACCUUGACCAUCAAGCCCAAAGAUAUGUAUAUGCGGGCAGUCUUGAGGGAUAAUCUUACGCCGACCACCCUUGAGCGCCGACUGGCUGGUCUGCCUGUUUUAGCGACAGGCGAGGCGAAUGGGACGAAUGGCGAGUCUGCUGACGCUGAAGACGGUAUCCCUAUAACAAUCUUAUACGGAUCUAAUAGUGGAACAUGCGAGUCUUUGGCCCAGAGAGUUGCAACUGAUGCCGCGCAGCAUGGGUUCCGCGUCACAAAGAUUGAUUGUCUUGACAUGGCAAACGGGAAUCUUCCUGCAGAUCAACCUGUUGUUAUCAUCACCGCAUCAUACGAAGGCCAACCCCCUGACAAUGCUGGGCAUUUUGUUGCCUGGGUUGAGAAUGCUGCCCAAGAAGAGAAGCCAUUCAAGGACGUCUCGUAUGCUGUUUUUGGCUGUGGUCACAGGGAUUGGGUGCUGACCUUCCACCGCAUUCCCAGGCUUGUGGACCGUAGUCUCGCAAAGCAUGGCGCUACUCGACUUGUGGACAUGGGUCUUGCCGAUGUAUCUCAGAACAUGGUCUUCAGUGACUUUGAGACAUGGGAAGAUAACAUUCUGUGGCCUGCUCUUGAAAAGCGUUACAAGCCUGACUGCAAAACAAUGCUUACGGACAAGGGACUGAGCGUCAAGAGCUGUACCUUUAGGACCCUUACCCUCCGUCAAGAUGUCAAGGAGGCAACAGUGGUCUCUACCAAGACACUAACAAGUAACAUCGAUGUAAAAUCCAAGAAGAAACACAUUGAGAUACAAUUACCUGAAGGCACUGGAUACACAGCAGGAGACUACCUUGCUGUUCUGCCCAUCAAUCCCCAUGAGAUUGUUCGCCGAGCCCUGAGGAGGUUCAGGCUUCCAAUGGAUGCUCAUUUGAAAAUUUCGAGCAGUACGCCAGCUGCCCUACCGACUGACACGUCUGUAUCAGCAAUGGAUGUAUUAAGCUCCUAUGUUGAGCUUUCACAGCCGGCCACAAAGAGGAACCUUCUUAUUAUUGCUGAAGCUGCGUCCGAAGUAGAGACCAAAGCUGCUCUCACCUCGUUAUCCCAGGAAAGUUAUGUUGAGGAGAUCAGCAACAAGCGCGUAUCAGUUCUGGAAAUCCUGGAACGGUAUCCCUCUGUCGAACUAUCUAUCGGAGACUUCUUGCAGAUGUUGCCAUCUAUUCGAAUUCGUCAAUACUCCGUCUCCUCGUCUCCCCUAUGGAAUCAGGCUCAUGCGACUAUUACCUUCUCGGUCCUCAAAGGGCCCGCCUUUUCAGGCCACGGCACAUACAACGGCGUCGCAACCUCUUACCUCGACUCUCUAGCUGAGGGUGACACGCUCCAAGUGGCCAUCCGUUCAUCGCCUGCUGCUUUCAGCCUCCCCUCAAACCCAGAAUGUACGCCCAUAAUUUGUGUUGCCGCUGGAUCAGGACUUGCGCCGUUCCGAGGCUUUAUACAGCAACGCGCCAUUAUAUAUGAUUCAGGUCGCACUCUUGCGCCAGCUCUGCUCUUCUUCGGUUGUCGUGCUCCUGACCAAGAUGAUCUUUACCGCGACGAGUUCGAUAGUUGGCAGAAGCUUGGCGCAGUACAGGUACGUCGAGCGUACAGUCGACAUAGAGAAGGGUGCAGAUAUGUCCAAGAUCAGAUCUGGCAAGACAAGGAGGACUUUAUCGAUCUCUGGAACAAGGGCGCCAUGGUGUAUGUGUGUGGCUCAAGGGCGAUGGCUGAUUCGGUUAAAGAGGUUAUGCUCAAAGUGAAGACCGAGAUUGAGAAGAGAUCUGGGGGUGACAUAGGCUUGGACGAGGCAAGGAAGUGGUUCGAUGAACAAAGGAAUGUGAGGUAUGUUAUGGAUGUGUUUGACUAG